AUGCUGGUGACCUAUUUGGAAGCCAGCCGGGACUUUUGCGAGACGGACUCAAUUCUUUUUGGCGCCGCACUGGCAGUCUGCCGUAUUAUAAGCGCCAAACUCUCCACGGCUGGACGCGCUACUGAACAAAGUAUUGCUAUCCCAGCCUGGAGAAUAAGAAUUGAAGAGCAUAUCGCAAAGGCUAGGGCCCUCAUAGGCAGACUGAUAUGCUUCAGGUCAGGCAAUACCAGGCCAAGGAUUGUGCGCACCGUCAGGAUGGCGUUUGCUGGGACAAAUGUUAGUUUGUCCCAGCCGGAUAUAAUGCAAAAAUUGACCGAGCGCAUAGACGACCUGAAGCAGAGAUCGCUGCUUGGAGAAAGCGGAUUCGGCGAUAUACCGAGAGGUCGACACGGUUCAACCAGAAUCGUCUCUUCCAGAGUGAUUAGAAGAGGCUUUAAAAUCAUUGGAGCUACCAAUAGUAAGUGGAACGGGCCCAGCACCGAAUCAGGCCGACACGGUCGCAUUCUGGCUACCUGUGGUCAGAGCCCGUAA